GCCGCCGCCGCCCCGCCCCACUGUCGACAACCUCACACUCAACGCUCAACCUCACGCCGCUGCUCCCACCUCCUCUCAAUCUCGUCGCUCAGUGACGGUGGUCAUUUGCACCGGCGCUCGCGUUAUACAUUUACCUCACUCCCUCCCUCCGCGGUACCUGAUAUUCAAGUUUUCUGCUUCAAUUUUGUAUUUUAAAUUCAUACUCUCCUCCCGGUGGUUUGAAGCUUGCUCCUUGAGGAUUGUUGAUCAAGCCUUUGAUGGAGUCAUUUUUAGACUUGAACGAAAUAUGCGAGCAACAAAGUUCGUCAUAUGCACUCAAAUUGGUGCCUUGGUUGAACUGGGAUGAAUGGGUUUUGGUUAAAGAUUCUCUUUUCUCAGACUCCCCAGAUUCCAUUGCUUUUGCUCUAAAAAGAAUAUCGGCAUGGGAGAGUCGAGGAUGUUUGCCAGCUGCUAUUGAGGCCACUGCUUCCAUCAUUGAAAUUCGACAAAUUGAUCCCUAUUGUAGAGUGGAAGAGGAUCGGUGUAGAGAUACUUCUCUUUCAGAGAAAAUGCUUGCUCAUUUGUAUUGCAUGGCAAUCAUUAGGCUUGUCAAUGGUGUUAUUGAAAAGACACGUAAGAAAGAAGAGAAGUCAAUAGCUGUUGCUGCUGAGGCAAUUGGUAUUCCACGGUUGCUGAUUGAUAUUCGUCAUGAGGGAUCACAUCGUGGACUUCCAGCACUUCAACUUCUUCGCAGUGCCUCAGUUAAGGCACUUGAUUGGUUGAAGUCUUAUUAUUGGGAAUCUCAGAGCAAGGCAAUUCCUUUUGAACGUGAUGGAAAUGCAAAGGUUAGAAAGAAAAUCAAAUCCAAGCUUCGAGAACUGUCUUUCUGCUUGAAAAGCAACCAGAGUUCCCAGUCUAAUAGUCCAAUACUCGAGGGAAAACGUUCUAAGAAACAAGUUUCUAAGAUAUCGAAAUCUCUUGUUCAGUUAUAUUCUUCCUACUCCUCAGAGAUUGUAGGUGUGUUGUUGGAGUAUUUGUUGGAAGCCUUGAGUUCUUCAGAAUUAGUAGAGCAUACGGAGCAAGUUUCAUGUCCAACCAUAAAUAUUAUUUUGCCUGAUUGGAAGGUUGUCAUACUCAGAUUUUGUGAUAAGGAGCCAGAGUUACUACUGAACCUUUUUAAGGAAGUACUCAUUAUGAUUGAGACCCAGGAAGCAGAAAUGAAAUAUGAAGAAGAUGAUGAUAGCCUUCGUCUUCUAUCUACUUGCAAUUACUCUGAUCCACAGUUUUGCAUGUCAAUGUCAAGACAUGAGGAUAACGGUGCCGUGGAUUCUGGCUUUGUAUGUAUUGGUUUCUUCCAUCAUGAAAGUUAUCGCUCAGCCCAGAUUGUUGCAGAUGGUGGUAAUAAUGAAGAUGAAGGCUUUAUAGGAAGCGGAACCAAUCAUGAAAUACCACCCAGCUCUAAGAUCAAUAAUCUUCCAUACAUGGAAAGACAACUAAACACGCUGAGAAGGUACAAUGAUGAUGUGUAUGACCGCAUAUGGCACAGAUUUAGACCCCCUCACUGGGAUUCCUUGAAUACAAGUGCAAAAGUAAAAGUAGAAAACUCCAUUUAUGAAUUGCCAUCAGAAAUGUUACUCACAGCAUGUCAACUUGAGAAAAAUUUCAAUGUCUUAAAUGUAAAUUGGAGUUUCAAUGAACAAUAUUAUGUGUUCCUUCAUUUCACUGAAAUUCAGAAGCUUCCUUCUGGCCAAAAGAGGAUUAUCAAUGUCACAUUUGAUUAUGAUGAAAAUUCUCUCUCUCAAGAACUUACUCUUGAAUACUUGAAACCCAUCACCUUAAGUUCCAAGGUAACUAGAAAAAUUAGCAUCACAUUCAGAGCAACAGUUGAUUCUGAUGCUUCUCCUAUCCUCAAUGCCUAUGAGAUUUACAGAGUCUUCGAAGAAUGA